UAUAAAAGCCAAAGCCAUAAAAUUGAGAUGAUGCAGUCUCACAACCAUUCCCCAAGGCAGUAGAUAGCGAAGAUGUUGCUCACCAAAACCCUGGAAUAUCUGUUUUAUCUGGCCCUAUUCGCCUUCAUGUGCAAAUAUGCACAGGCAGCGAGCGUGCAAUCGACAGAAGCGCCUGCAGUUGCAACGGCAACCCUAAGAAAACCCCAAAAGGCGGAGGGCCUUCUCAAUAGCUGCGAGGCGUCUUCGUUCAGUUGGAUGUGCCUUAAGAUCGAGUUUGUCAAGAUCAUGGAAAAGCUGGCCGAACAGGAGGAACUGAACGUUUUGCCCGGCAUCAGUGUGGUUAAAGAUGAGAAUGCCACGGAACUCAAGACAUCGGAGUUAAUGGCAGAAGUGGCUCGCAGCUACCCCAGUGACCCCAGCACUCGUUUGAACGGCUACAUAUUGGCCAAGCUGGAGAAUCUUCUGAAAACGCGCUUUCUUCGGUUUCGCCUGCUGGAUGACAAGUCCCUGGCAGAGGGGCGCAAGCACAAAUUUGGAAAGAAAGGAGGAUUAGAGGCCCUGGUGGCUGCCGGAGUGAUGAUGAAGGGCAUGCUUAUGGCCAUGGGCCUUGGGGCCAUCGCUCUGAUGGCCGGAAAGGCUCUGAUGACAGCUCUGAUGGCCUUGACUCUGUCUGGAGUUUUGGGACUCAAGAGCUUGGCCGGUGGCGGCGGAAAGUCCACCACCUACGAGAUUGUGGCCAAGCCCAUUUACACCUCCAGCCACUCGCAUUCGGUGACCCACGAGGAUGGAGGUCAUGGACAUAGUGCCCACUUUGCCGCUGGGGGAGGUGGUGGUGGCACCGCCAGUGGUUUCGGGUACGGAGGCUAUGCCAGGUCACUCAAAUUGGAUCAGUCAGCCAACCAAAUCCAAUAAUUCUAGGCCUGAGCACACAUGUGUAACAUAAUCUCAUAAUUUAUUUAUUUAUUUUAAUUUAAAAACGCAAACAAAAUUAAAAAAAAUUCAGCAGUAAAAUCUUUC